AAUACUCAGAGAAGAAGAGAUGUAAUUUAAAAACAGUUCACAUUUAAAAAAUUGUUUAAAAACUGUUGUUUUUUUGGUGCAAGAUAGUAACAUAAGUAUAUAACUAAACUAUUUUUACGCUAAAAAUCAUUUAAAGCAUGAAAAUCUAGGAUUUAUAAUAAUGGCGGAAAGACUGGAAGAUUUAAAUUUACCGAAUAAUACAGUACAAAAAAUUAUUAAGGAGGUACUUCCCGAUUCUGUUUAUAUAGGAAAGGAUGCAAGGUCUGCUUUGUCGAGAGCUGCCUCAGUGUUUGUUCUUUAUGUUACUUCUCAAGCAUCCAAUGAAGCUCAAAACAAUAACAGAAAAAUGUUAAUUGCAAAUGAUGUUUUAAAAGCUUUAGAAGAAUUGGAUUUUGAAAAUUUUAUAGAGCCACUAGAAGAAGUUUUAAAAGAACAUGUAAACUCCAAAUCUAAAAAGCAGAUUAAAAAUAGACAGCCUAGCAAUGAAGAAACUAAUGAGAUGGAAGAAGCAAAUAAUGUACAAGAGAGUACGGAAGAUCAAUAAAUUUUAUACUUAGUACAAAAUAGGACUGCACUGCAAAUUCAUUAUAUUUACUUUUAUUUGCUAAUAUGAACAUAUCAAUGGAUAAUUAAUAAUUCAAAGUGUAGUUUUAAAGCACUAUUAUAAAACUGUUUAGAACUAAAAAAUAAGAAAAUACUCUGAUCUCACAUUCUUUAUUAACAAUAAAACUGCAUUUUUAAACAUUAUAAUUAAACCAAAAUAUUUGUAGUUUUCAGUACAUUGUGUACAAAUUUUUUCAUACAUAUUAGGUUUAUUUAACAAAAUUGGAGUAAUAAUUUUUUGAUAUACUUUAAAAUGAUAAUAUAAGGGUUUAUAUGCAGUGAUGAGUGCGCUAAGAAAAUAACGCAAAAGAUGGAAAACAUAAUACGUUGUGAAAUAAAGAGAAAUGAAACUAGUAGAGGUGUAAAAUUAUCGAUAGGAACCUAUAAAUUUACAUUACAUUACAUAGUUUCCCACCUUUAGACGUCCGAGACAUGAGAAUUUUAAUUUUUUUAAAUCUCCUGUCACAAUGUUAGUUAUCAUACUGCUCCAAUACAUCUAAAGGUGGGAAACUAUGUAAUGUAAUGUAAAUUUAUACAUUUCUAUCGAUAAUUUCUACCUGUACUAGUUUCAUAUCUUUUUAUUCCACUAUGUAUUAUGUUUUCCAUCUUUUGCGUUAUUUUCUUAGCGCACUCAUCACUGUAUUUUCAGUUAAAUUAAGCUGUUAUUUUAAUACAUUCAAAAUUUGUUAUGUGCCCAAUUUCACUUCUCAUUUAUAUAUUAUGUAUCUUAAAACAAAAAUAUUCCUCUGAAACUGUUUCGUUAUAAUGUUAUAACAUCAAAUAUUUUUGGGAGUAAACCAAAAUUACAAAAUAACUCUUUUAAAUCAUUUAUGUCAUCAUAGUCUCAUCUCUGAUAUCUAGACGGAAGAUUAAUAAAAUAUGUGUCAAUGGUUUAUUAUUACCACUAUUUUGUUUUACUUAUUAUAUUGGUUUUAUUUAACCCUUAACUACAGACAUCCCAAUAUUACCACGUAACUACAGAUCCCCGGUAUUUUUUACCGGUCAUUAUAAAAUAGAGUCAAAAUAUAAAGUUAAUAAUAAAAAACAAAAAAAAUAUGCAUUAGGUGUUUUUCUGGAGUCUCUAGAUAUGGGAAAAAUGGUAAAAUGAGUGAUUUUAAUAAUAUAAUACAGGAUUUUUAAAGAAUAAUCUUAGUCCUGUCGCCAGGGGGGUACAACGGCCUCCUUUAUUCAGAUGGACUUACCCAAGUUUUUUUCAUGUAUUUUGACCCGUAGAAUACGAAUUUUUUGGGUAACAGUUGAUCCGGAUGUCGAUAAGAUUGUUAUUGACCAAGAACUUGAGGAAUUACAUAACCGCGAUCUCUCGCAAAACAAAACAUUUUUUGGGUCAUUCUAAGCAAAACAUGUUUCUACAAUUUUUUUCGUAGGAUGGCUAGUUUUCGAGAUAACCGCGGUUGAACUUUCAAAAAAUCGAAAAAUUGAAAUUUUUGAACCCGAAUAACUUUUGAUUAAAAAAUAAAAUAGCCAGUCUGCUUACCGCAUUUGAAAGUUUAAGUCAAAUUAUAUCGGUUUUAAUUAUUUGCAUUGCUAAAAAUUUAUUUUUUUAUUGUUUAACAAAGCUAUAAACACAUAGUGUUUCCUGUGCCUUUACAUGCAUUUUAACGCAUGCUACGUAGAAAUAGCCUCGAUUGCACUAGUACCUAUUCUACCUACUCGUUAGAUUUUAAAUGAGAAAUCAUAUAAAACAUCACUCACGCACUAGGUGUUUGUAGCUUUGUUUAACAAUAACACAAUAAAUUUUUAGCAAUGCAAAUAAUCAAAACCGAUAUAAUUUGACUUGACCUUUCAAAGGCGCUAAGCAUAAUUGCUAUUUUAUUUUUUAAUCAAAAGUUAUUCGGGUUUAAAAAUUGCAGAUUUUCGAUUUGUUGAAAGUUCAACCGCGUUUAUCUCGAAAACUGAGCGUCCUACGGGAAAACUUGUUAGAACAUUUUUUACUUAGAAUGACCCAAAAAAUACAAAAAAAUGUUUUGUUUUGUGAGAAACCUCUAUUAUGUAAUUCCUCAAGUUCUUGGUCAAUAACAAUCUUAUCGACAUCCGGAUCAACUGUUACCCAAAAAAUUCGUAUUCUACGGGUCAAAAUACAUGAAAAAAACUUGGGUAAGUCCAUCUGAAUAAAGGAGGCCGUUGUACCCCCCCCUGGCGACAGGACUAUCUGUUAAACGAGCAUUUUGUUGACAUUUUUGGUCUGUAGAAACAAACGGCCAUAAAUGCUAUGGACAAAAAUUUAGACUUUUUUUUAAGAAAUAAACGUAACAUAGAAUGACAAAGGAAACAUAAAAAAGCAUUUACGAAAUUUUUUACAUCCAUGAGAAAAAAUCUGCAAGGGGUAAAAUUAUCACAUAAUUAAAUGGCAAUUCCAUUUUUGCAAAGUGGCCUCAAAAUUUUUAUCGUCAAAUUUAACCUUCAUUGAAGGUCCAGGAUGACUUCCACAGUCCAUUUCUUUACUUUUUCCUAAAAACACAAAAAAAUAAUAUAAACAUUUCAGAUUUACAAAUAUAGUACUUAUAUAAAAAUACUUACUUAAAACAGACAUCCGGUAAUUUUUACCGGUUAAGAUUUUUGAUGUGUGCUAGAAAAGAAAAUAUUGACAAUACACACUACACGCUUUGACUAGCAUUAUUAUAUAAACUACCCGAGAGGUACAGAGACACAUGAACUUGUAAGUGGUGAGGUUACUAUGAAAUCUACAUUUUGGGAAUGCCCGCCGGUAAAAAAUACCGGAUCUCUGUAGUUAAGGGUUAAGCAGUCAUUCUCUAGAUUUAAAAAAAAAUAAAGUGGUUUUUAUAAUCAUGAUUUGUUUCCAAAGAAAUAGCUAUCUUAUAAAUACUAACUUGGAAAUAAUUUCUGCCUUGUAAACUAAAUGACGACAAUAUAUUUUUAUAUUGGUAUUGUAAAUGGGUACCUGCAGUUGUGAUUUUUUGCAUUUUUGGAUAUGUUUUGUAAAUAAAUUGGAAUUAAAAAUU